GCCGUAUGUAGAAUUAGUACUGGCCAUCGAGGCUCGAGGAUUCUUGGCGCCAAAGAUUUCGAUAGAUCCAAUGCAUCCGCCACCGACACCGAACCACAACCUGCAAUAAGCUUCAGUACCGAACCAUUACUAUUAGACUGCAAUCGAAACAAAGUAACUAACUGGAGUGAGGGACCAUGGCCACGGUGAAUAACGUAGCGGUGAGCGAGCACCGGGAUCUCGCCAAGAUCACAGAUGCCGUAUGGCCCAAUGCUUGUCCAUCCAAGCACGAAGAUCAAGUGCUGAGCAUUGUCUGUGGUAACACUCAUCUUCAGUGGGCUCUCCACUUGGGGAUUAAUGGCCACUUUUUGCCACAGUUGUUCUGGAGAACCCCUGCAUUGAACAGUGAUGAAAUUGCCGCUGGUGAUCCCUGCAGUGUCCUCGAGCGAUAUUUGCCUGGUGGAGGCCAUGAACUUGUCUUUGGCUCGCAGACAGCCGCUUCCGACAAGGCACAAGCAGCCAAGGCUUCUUCGGCUCGUCGAGUACCUCUUCUCAGCGUGUACGUCGUCUCGACCAACCCCGACAAUGAAGCUGGCUGCGAAUUCUUGUUUCGUGACAUUCCCUGUCGAAUGUAUCGCCUUCAGUCAUCCGACUUUUUUUCGAAAGAACAGGGUGCCUACGAAGGCAUGGGGAUUGAUCGCUUGGCCAAUAUCAAGGCGGCCUCCAAAUUUUACCCCUAUCCUCUCAUGGUGAUUGAUGGAGGAACCGCCAUGACCUACACGGGUGCCGAUGCCAAGGGAAAUAUUGUGGGGGGUGGUAUUUAUCCUGGAUUUGCGGCCAGCUUUCGUGCACUACAUGAUUACACGGGAGCACUACCCUUUAUUGCACAGGAAGAAAUGAACAAAAUGAUUGGUGAGGCCAUUGCUAGCACAGAUCCACUGCCCUUGUUUGCCAACGAUACCAAGAGCGCCAUGAUCACAACGGGGAUAAAGGCCAUGGCAGAGGUGUGCUGGGGUGCCGUCGCUGAAUUCAGAAAGAUGGUGCUCCAAGACAAGGAGAACGCACCAAAAGGCACCACUACGAACGAAAAGAGCAAGGAUGCCAUGGAAGUGGAAGGAGAAAACGGAAAGGACAAAGAUGACGACAACAAACAGACUACUGAGGAGAAGGAGAGUGAAAAGGAUUCGGAUAAUCUAUUGUUCACCAUUUGCUUGACUGGAGGAGACGGAGAUGUCAUUGCGCGUCUACUGGAGACGGACCACAAUGGUAUUCUUUCCUCUUACGUACCUGUGGAUGCCAGGAAGGGUGUCGAACUCGCCAAACACAAGCAUCUCUCCCACUACGGCAUUGGACAGGUCAUUGAUGAAAAAACAACGGCCGGGCAAGCUCUGAAAAGUGACGACGACAAGAUUCGCGAAGAAAUUGUGGGACAACGAGUGGCAAAGAAAUUCAAAAUCAGGUCGGAGGACAAGAUAUUCCGUGGAUCGAUUGCUGCCGUCGCUGAUGCCGAUACUCUGGACAAGGAUUGGUUCUAUGUGCGAUAUGAUGACGGCGACACGGAGCACUUGACCAUUACGGGACUCUACGAUGGGCUGGUUUUGUACAAGGAAGUUGGAGAGGACAACCAGGAAGAAUUGACCGAAGCAGUAGCCGAGAAGAACAAGAAGAAAGUCGAACAAGCAAGCGAUACGGCGAAGCUUCUAGUGCAAACGAGCGAAGAGGUGAAAAAGUAUGCCGAAACCCCAGCAGAAGAGCGAAAUAAGACAAAUAGUGCACGAAAGAGAAACGCUGCGCCCAGCAAAAGCGCCCCACCCACCAAAGUUGCCAAAGCCAAAACCACCGCCAAAAAGCAAAAUCCAAUCUCCCAUGUGGGGCUACGGAUCGCGAAAUACUUUGGGGAUGAAGUCUACUUUGGAACCAUCAAGAAGUACAUACAACCAACUGGUAAAAAAGAUGAGGAUCUCUGGCACAUUGUGUACGAUGAUGAUGACCAGGAAGACUACGAUGCCAAGGACCUGAGAAAGGCGAUUGCCUUGUACAAGAGCAAUAAAGGCCUUGACAAGGUUAGCCGUGUUACAGGAGUUGCAGAGCAUGGAGCAGAAGGCGACGAGCAAAGCCCAGCAGCAGAGGACGCCAUGGAAACAGAACCUGCGGCCGAUGAUACUGCUGCCGCUCCAGGAGAAGCAACUGCGGACGACGAGAGCAAGCCUGCUGAAGAAGCUCCACCCGCGGGUGAAUCGGCUGCUGAAGCACCUGCUCCGGCCCCUGAAGCAACCGCUGCUGAGGCUUCUACGGGAGAUUGAUGAGUACCUACAAGGUGGAUUGCUUGUGCUGUCUGGGGCGUGCUAUUGUCGGAGAAAAUUGAGUUCUGUUCUACAACACAAUCUACUUGUGGAUUGCUGUAAGGUUCUGUCGAAUGAAUACUUUUAAAGUAGUGUUUCUGUGUUUUUUCAGUUUAUGCGAUGUGUCCUCGCUUUUUCUAUAGUACACUGCAAGACAUACGUUCCGGAAUGCUUGCACAGGCAGAUCGCUGGUGCCACGCUCUAACUAGUUGCUCUCUAGGGUAAAUCGUACGGUUGGUUGGCCAUGUUUCCUGGCGAUUGGCUCGGCUUCGUCGUUCACACUGGUGAGAACCUCAGCCUUCGAGAUGUCAAUGUUGCGCGUGGAUGCAGCAGUCCAUUUGGUGCUCUUAGAUCGCUUGUAGAGGCCGGGAGUGUCGCAUUCUUUCUCGGCAAUCUGGGCAAUCUCCUCGUUCGGGACAUCGAUGUGUCGAAUUGAAACCCCAAUUUUCUUUGUGCUCACAGAUCGCUUGUAAAGGCCAGGGGCACCUUCAAAAUCAUCCUUGCUGGUCUGGUCAGUGUCGGCAGAGGCCUCCGAUCCAAGCGACCUGACACUCAUGGAUCGUGCGUAGUCACCCGGGGGAUCUGCUCUGCUGUUGGCAAGGGUGUUGCUGUUGUACAUGGCGAGGGACAUAGUUGUUUCGUCUUUCUUUUUGAUGUUUCUUGGCUGAUUUUGUGAGACGAAAUGAGAGAUGCAGAUCCCCCAUCACUUGGCUAUUAAUACAUGUACCGGU